AUGGCGCCACCGUUAGGGAAGAUAUUGGCACAAUGCGUAAAGGAUAGGGACUUAUACGGCGAUGAUGACGCAUAUCAGGCAGCUCUAGAGAAGGACAUAGGGGACAUGCUCGGAGAGUUUAUUAAACAUAUGGAAGACAUGGACUCACUUAUGGAGGCAUGGGGUACAAACUGUAAUAAUUAUGGUUGGCACCAUUGGGAAGAUGACGAUAGCUUGCAACCCCGCGUAAACCAGACGGUGGGUGACAGAAUUACAUGUAAAUUAAUGACAACAGCAAUCUUAUUAAUGAGCAAGGGAAGUCAAAGUACGCUUAAGGAUGAGGGUGAAACAGAGAAUAAUAAGAAAAUGAGGCAAUACAUGCGCUGUGCAAUAGUAAACAUGUUUGGGACCAUAUUAACAGAGUCAGCAUGCGGACGGAAGUGGGGUAUUUAUUAUGCAUGGUACUCGGUGGAUCAAAUGAGGGGGAACGGAGGAAUGCAGGACUUAAUUGCCGCGGAAGACUGUAGAAUGGGAGAGACUGACGAUAUAAGAAGAGGACAAUGGACACUGAGUGACCACAUUAAGAACUGGUUACGCGCCAAUGACGAUUUAAUGAGCAAGAUAAAAGGGGAGGAAAUGACUGAAAGUUGUAAAAAGAGUGCGCCGGCGAGCAGUACCAGAAAAGAUGCCGACGGCCAGGACGACGCUGCGAGCGCACUAAGAGAGGGGGAGUCAAGUGCACUCAACACAUUGAAAGCAGGGAUGCACAGUAUAUUACAACGAGCACAGCAAGAAGUUGUGGAGAGCGCGAACAGUAGCACUUCACCAGUUAAGGAUGUUCAGACUAUUCGACCCAUGACUGAACCGGCAGCACCAAAAGGCCCAUCAGCGGAAAAACCUACCUCCAUACUCGCCCCUGCACACCCAGCAGAUACUCAGCCAGCAACAUCAGGACCGGCUGCCGAGGACAACACAUCGAAGAAGGAGGACAGUAAUCAAGGAUCCGCGGGACUGGAGGCAACAGGGGCAGCAAGAGCCGGGUCACCGCAACCACAGGCACCGAAGGGUGAUACAGGAGCACAGGCACCAGGACCCGUACCACAACCCCCACCACCAGCGCCGCCGCCUCAGGAGACGACUUCUGAGGGCAUCCAGGGAGGGAAGGAUGCAGACCAAGCAGGUAAGUGCACAGAGAGUUCCACCAGUACGAAUAAAAACGGAUCCGGUGUUACCUUAAGCUUUGCGUGCACUCCAAAUUCCGCGUUGGGAGAUCCCUCUAGUAUACCUCAAAAUCUCCCUGAUCCAGCGCCAGGUCCUGAUCCUUCGGAGAAGACGACAAGUAAAGACUCAAAAGAACCAGUUUCAGAACAGGCACCAGCAGCGGCAGCACCAGCGCAACCAACAGAUCCGGGCGCCGGGGCGGAAACUCCCCCUGAGCAGAAAGUUCCUGAAACCACUGAGCCCCCUAUUACAGGACAGCCACCUACACAGGACAGCACCUCAGCGGAACCUCCAGCUCCCGGGGCUCAUAAACCUGAUAAUGGCCCUGACGGUGCCGCGGGGGCACUCGGCAGUGGCACGGCGAGUAACGAUGCCCCGCCUCCGCUCAAUCCACCCAAACCAAAACCGAACCCGAACCCAAAUCAAUCGGGUAGUAGUGGCACCGGUCAGCCUGACGCAGGCGGUUCCUCUGGUACUGGCUCCACUGGUCACCAAGGCCCAAGUUCAUCUGGUACUGGCUCCACUGGGGGUCCUGGCGCCGGUGCUUCCCAUCCUUCCGGUGGCCAGGGCCCACGGAACAACCAAGUUCCACCCACUCUCCCUUCCCCCACACCCUUCGACCCCAAGGAUCUCAUCCCGUACACCCCCGCGAUCAUUCCAGCGGUGGUUGGUAUUGGCGUCAUUGCGUUCUUCCUCUGGAAGUACUUUGCGUACCUCGCCAAAGGACGACGAACGUUUCGCACCGUUCGUGACGUUCCGUCACCUCCACUCGACGAAGAAAUAUUGCAGCAUCUACAACGCGGCGACCUACCGCCACCCGAUUACGGGUACACCUUGGUUAGGGAUAGGCGGCCCGGCAGAUUGCCUGCCGCACGACGACGACGUCAACCUCGCGUGCAUAAGCGCACGAUCAUCGAGCUACAUUUAGAGGUGCUCCACGAAUGUGAAGUGGCGGAAUGGGAUACGGUGCAAGACGACUAUUUGAAGAUACUCGUUGAAGAGUUCAUGGGGGGCAACCACGGACAUAGUAGUUCCUUGGAUGCUCCUAUCACAAACCAGGCUUUGUCACGGAACAAUGUUGCAUCCACCCUGGACCCACCCACUGACUCCGAACAAACGGACACUUGUCCACCACAUGACCCCGAUCCAUGGAGUUGUAUGGAAACUAUACAGUUAGCAACGGACCCUGCUGCUUCUAACGAAGAUGACCGAUGGCGUUGUAUGGAAACUAUACAGUUAGCAACGGACCCUUGUGCACCGAAUGAACACGACCCCGAUCCAUGGAGUUGUAUGGAAACUAUACCGUUAGAAACGCACACUUCUCCACCUAACGAAGAGGGCCCCGAUCCAUGGAGUCGUAUGGAAAACAUACAGUUAGCAACGAACCCUUGUGCACCGAAUGAACACGACACCGAUCCAUGGAGUUGUAUGAAAACCAUACAGUUAGCAACGGACCGUUCUCCACCUAACGAAGAUGACCGAUGGCGUUGUAUGGAAACUAUACCGUUAGAAAUGGACCCUUGUGCACCGAAUGACCCCGAUCCAUGGAGUUGUAUGCACACUGCACCGUUAGAACAGGCACAGCAUCGCCCUUGCGACCCCAGAGCCGCCAUCUCGACGUGCACUCAAUGGAUUAACUGGAUUGACCGCAACAAACAUAUUCUGCGGGAGUGCACGGGGCAAACGUGGUUUAAUGCUUUCAAAUCGGAUUGGAAACAAUAUUAUCAACAACAUGCGACAGACGAGGACAACGUAGUAUCCGGGCAGCGUGAACUCGGUCAGCACGCCAACAUCCCAUCCGUAGAGAUGCAGAAACUGGAAUUGUGGAGACAGUGGAUAGCGCAACAACAUCGGCAAAUGAGUACAUACAAGGAAGAGGAGUGGUUCCAACAUUUGUUGCAUACUGUAGAGGAGGAGAUAGAAUCGCAAACAGGCGAAGUACCUGGAGUGGACAAAGACUUAGAAGUGGAAAAUGUCAUGGCAGCAGAAGAUGUGCUACGAGUGAGAGAUUUACCGCUGUCGCAACCACUGCAUCAGCCACCGCAUAUGAAAAAACGCGUACCCGCCAAAUUAUGCAUGCUCCUGCUCGCGUCGGUAAUCCACGAAUGCGAAUUCGAGAGUGGUAUGCACGAGAAGGGUUAUAUGUGGAUGCUCUAUUGCAACAGUGUUAACAUUCGGAUGACGGCGCAUAUGCAUGCGAACUAA